AUGGUCUCUCAAGCCCAAGUUCUUGAUCGCUCUGUGCCGAUGCAAAGCGCCCCCUCUUCUGUGUCGCGUCAUUCACAUAGCGGUCGCCGCCAUCGCUCGAGUCGUUCUCAUCAUGGUGGUCCUUCUCAUCAACCACAGAAUGAUUUUCCGAUCUUCACCCACACCGGUGAUGUUGAGAUCGUGAUACGCGCCAGUGGACAGGAACGGCGCUAUCUUCUGCAUCGAUUGAUAUUGGCGCAAUGCUCCGGGUUCUUCGAGGCCAGCACAAGCGAGGAAUGGUCGCGACAGGGCACAGCGAGGCUUCAGCACAGCGAUACGGGGAUCUCGUCCCGGAUCAGCGAGGAUAAUUCGUCGCUAUCCAACGGAUCAACCCUUGCGCAAUCAGAGAGCGGAGCGUGCGCAGUUCACCCAGAAAAGAGGAGAUGGAGAUACGAGCUGGACUGGGAAAAUAAGGCGGAAGACGAAGAGCCUAUACUGGUCCAAAAGCAGCCAACGUUCUCCAACGUCAUAGGGAGCGAUGCCGUCUACUUUCCACCGUCGAUGACCAAACCUUCGAGCGCACAAACUGGCUUCAUCCGAUCAAUGGCAAAUCUAGCAGGGAUGCAAUCCGUGGUCAACCUGCCUCAUACGGCAAAUACAGCAACCGUGGAGAUGGAUCCGAUCAUCCGUGACUAUGACAAUCUGUUUCGCCUGUUCUACAACCACCCUCCUCUCCUCAAUAGUGUCAACAUCGCGACUGCUUAUGCCGAGUGCCGAUCUCUGCUUGCGCUUGCCGACAUGUAUGAUGCCUUGGCGGUUACUGGACCUCGAGUAGACCAUCAUCUCCUCGGAUUUGGAUCUCGACUCUUCAAGCAGAUUGCGAAAUACCCUCCGAGCUACCUCAAGUUGGGGUACCUCGCGCGCAGCCGGGUCAUCUUCUCCGAGGCACUGAUCCACGUUGUGGGCCAGUGGCCCGCGGGACUACCUCACCUUCGCAACAGCUCUUACUCACCCCUCCCGAACUCGGUACUCGACAUCAUCGAGGACAAAGUCGAAGAUCUCGAAGACCUCAGGGCGCGCGUCGACUCGAAGCUUCUGCGCUUGACACUCACCACCUCGCGCGGCGAGCGCGUCACCCCCACAAACGCAUACCUCGACUGGCUCGCCGUCUCCCUGUUCCGCCAGUGGCUCGUGGACAACACCACCCCGCCGCCGGCCCCUAUCCUCAAAAACCCCUCGACGAAUCGUCUCCUCACCACCAACGCAAACAUCAGCACCAGCGCCAGCGCCAGCAACAAUACCAGCCGCCGUUCGCAAAGCAGCCAUCGCACCCAGGAAACCAUCUCGCGGGCCUCUCCACCCUCGCCCCCUCUCACCCCAGCACAGGUAUACCGACUCAUAGGCUCCCCCUCGACGCAGGCCUACCUCGCGCAUGACGAACUCAAAAAAUUCCUCAAAGUCCACCCCACCCCGUCCGCAGACUCGCUCUACACCCGGGACGUCCUCAAACGCUUCGAGCGCAAAAUGGACGAAAUCAAGCGGCUGGCCCGGGAAAUCGUCAAGCCGCUCCUGAGGAAUUUCCUCGAGUUAGACCUGAAGGGUACCGAGCCGGGCGACUCGGCGUUCGUCGCGUUGCCGUAUCUCACCUGCACGAAAGUCGAGGACGAAGAUAUUCCCUGGGACUGA